UGUUUCGUCGUGAAUCAGACCGAGAAACCGAGAAUAUUAAUUAUUCUGUGAUCAGACGAUCAGCAUCAGUUACUAUUUUUAUUCGUGGUCUUGAUGAACCAGUAAACUACUGUAAAAUCGGCUAUCGCUCAUUAACAUAAUAACAUUCAAGUGAUUCAACAUAUUAUUUUACUAUGCGGCAGACACUAAUGAGUUAUGAUUAAAAAGUAAAUUAGUAAAUUCUAGAACAUUAAACUCGUAAAAUAAUUUUCCAUGUCCUCCUUAUCGACAUCAGAAUCGGUUUUGGUGAAAGAACUAUUUGUUUCAUCCAAAACACCCGUACAGGAACUUGAAAAUAUGUUGGCAGUUUUCGACUUUGAUCAGACAAUAGUUGAUGGCAAUUCUGAUAUAGUUGCUAUUGAUUUAAUAAGUCCUACCAAUCUCGUUCCAAACAGAAAAGAUUUCCCAAAUAAUUGGACUCAAUAUAUGCAGCGAGUAUUUGAUAUAAUAAAAACUAUUGAAAUUCCAGCCGAAGAAAUAAUAGAUGUCGUAUCUUUGAUGAGGCCCAAUGAUGGUAUGCCAAAGUUGAUGAGAGCGCUUUAUGAAAACAAUGUUGAUAUCAUAGUGGCAUCUGAUUCAAAUUCAUUGUUUAUUUACAACUGGUUAAAACACAAUAAGUUGUUGGAUAUAGUUUCAUGCAUUUAUACAAAUCCAGCUACAAUUUCAGAUAGUGUUAUUAAAAUUGAACCUUAUGCUGUUCAAAACAAAUGCAAUUGGUGUACUACAAAUAUGUGCAAAGGAGCUAUUAUGGAGGAACAUGCAUUGAAUACAAAUAAAAAAUACAAUAAAAUAUUAUAUUUCGGUGAUGGUCAAAAUGAUUUAUGUCCAGUUUUGAAAUUGACUAAAAAUGAUAUUGCCUUUCCAAGGUUGGGUUACAUUUUGGAAAACUUGCUUAAGUCUCAUAUAACACCAGCAAAAGUAAUGCCAUGGUGUACAGGUGAUUAUAUUUAUGAGUUCUUAAAGUCUUCUAAGCUAAUUUCAGCUUAGAUCAAUAUGUAAGAUUGUUUUCCAAUAAUUAUUAGCUUAGCUAACUCUAACAAAUAUUUAUUACGUUGUAUAAAUAAUAAAAUAUAUUGUAAUAACGUUAAGAUAUUUACAACUUUUUAUUAUGUAUUUCAAAUAAUGAUGUAAAAUACUCUAUUUGUUCAGAAACAGAACUAUUCUUCAAUAAAUAUUUUCAAACAGAACAAUAAAAAUUAAAAGUAUAUUAUUCUUAGAAAUAAUAAAUAUACCCAUGUUUAAUGUUACUUCAAUAAUCUAGAGCAGUAGUUUUCAACCUAUUUUUUUUUUUACAGCGGACUGAAUCUGAAAUACGCUACAGAUAAAUAAAUUAAUGAAGAUAAAAUUUUUCUAUUAAAUAAAUUAAGCUGAUCACUGAUCACAUAAAAUAUUCAGUGACAGAUAUAUUAUUUACCAGACUAAUUCAAUAUUGGUGAAUAUUUUAGUUUCUUCAGUAAACAAAUUAAUUUUGCAAUCAUGGUAAUAGGUUGUUUAUUAAAAUUAUUUUUACUUUUCUUAUGCAUAAAUUGAGGGAACCUAACUGCUCUUUCUGUAACAAUAUAUGCUUAAAUUGUAAUAAUUUUCUAAAAUUAUCUGAAUACAUUAAUGUGAUGUAUAAUAUAUUUGUUACGUAAACAGUUAGAUCUAGUAUCACUUAUUCCCUUAAACUGAGUUAACAAAAUGUAAUUUCUAAACAAAAAAAGCAGGUACCUAAGUGGGUGUCGCUCUGUUGUACAGUAGGACGUAGGUUACAAGUCGGUCACCGUUAUGGAUGAUGAUAAAUUUGAAUUCAAUGAUAUAUAAACUCAGUGUAUACGAAAAACUAUUUUGAGCGAAAACGGUCUGUUAGCCCAUAAUAUUACCAAUACAGGUAAUUUUAUAUACAUUUAUCUACAUACAGAUAAAGAUAGGUACAAGGUAAAUACAUUUUACAUUUAUCUAUAUUAGAUAAAGAUAAUUUAACUUUUAUCUAUAUAAUAUGGUAGAUAAGCUAAAUUUUAUUAUAUUUAAACUAGCUGAUCCCAUGCACUUCGUUUCCCUUAAAAAAUGACAACUCUUUAAAUUGUGAUUGUUCAAAUCCUUUUGUAUGUAACUCGCAACAGUAAGUGCAAUUCAGCCACCCUGGUAGGCAAUCCGACCACGUCGGAUCGCGGACUAUUUGCAAAGGUAUAUCAAGUAGACAAUCCACCCGCCGAUGAGCGGCUAUAAUGUGCAAUAUGCGACAAUCCGAUUUGAUGCAUGCUUGAUUAACCAAUAUACAAAUAAAAUACUAAUACGUCAUUAAUUAUUAUUAAUAAUAAUAAUUUAAUUGACGAUCAACCAAUUGCAACCAAUUAUUUUUAUUAUUGUAACUUUAAAACCCAUAGCAACCAUUUAUAAACAAAAAUUUCCACCGUAAAUCUCAAAAUCCUCGUUUGAGCACAUCCCCGGGUGGCAAAAUUGUAAAUAAGGCCCUGGCCUGCGCAGUAACACAAUAAUAUAGUGUAUAGGUUUCAUAUAUUGUACUCGCGUAUUUUUCGUCGUAAGAUUAUAGUAAAUUUGUUGGCUAAUAUAUAAUAAUGAUUUUUUUCUCGUAAAAAAUUUCUUUGUUUUGUAUUAGUUAGUUUUUUUCUGUUUUUUCCUGUUUGUUUUUUUUUAACUUAAAGUUUUCUAUAGUCAUGACGUAUGCACCAGAAAACUUUAAUAGAAACGGUACGUGUGGGGGGUACAGAAAACGAUAGCCGCAUUGUGCACCGAAGAAUACGUAAGUAUAAUUUGAUAUUAUAUAGAAAAACGAUGCUGCAAGCCCUCCGUGUGUGUGUCACACGUUCGUCGACGAUUUAACUAUGAAUAAUUAUUAACUUUAAUGUUUAUUUUAUUGCAGGACGACAAUCUCACUGCUAUCAGCGUAACUUCAAUGCUGGUCGUCACCGUGGUCGGAACUUUGGCUGUGACCGUCUUAGCGCUGCUGCUCUGCCUGUUGUGCGCAGGCCUCGCGAUGACUGCGUUCAUCGCCAACAUCGUGAGGAGUCCUGCAGUGCAACGGGCAGUGAGAAAGCGUUUUCCGGGAGCAGCCGGAACGGUAGACGGAGAGAUGGCGUCGCGUUGCGUGUCCGUCGCGUCGAAUUGCGCAAGACGGGUGACUGUGAUAAUAGCCUUCGGAAUUUGGUUUCUCCUUCCUCGCUCAGUCCGUCGGCACCGGAAUGUCUAUGGUAGUGGAGUUGAUCAGACUCUCCAGCCGACCUGAAGAUCAGACGCCGCUGAAGUCGGUCGCCGGAGGUCCGAUUGCAGCACAGGUCGUAGACACCACGGCUGCGGACGUCGCUCCGCUACCGGACAGUGCGGAGAACUCGGCACCCGUCACCACGGAAAACGGCACUCCGCUGCCAGUUGGCAGCGUCGAGAAACCGUCCCCCGUGGAAGCCGUGACUACGGAAAACGGCACUCCGCUGCCGAUCUGCAGUGUCGUGAAGCCGUCAGCCGCGCGGACACCACACCAAGCACAUAUAAAUAUUGGAAAAAGAGACAUGCCUUAUUUUCGAAAUUCGACCAAGGUAUUCUGAUGGACUAGCAGAGCUUUUACUCGGUCUGUCUCGAGACACUCAGCGCCUAAAUAUGGCAGAAAAGUGUGACCGGGUGAAAGUGGCUGUGGACCCGUUUUGCGGCGCCGGCGGAAAUAUAAUCCAUCUUGCCCGACUGUUCGACAAAGUCAUUGCUGUAGAUAUUGCCGUAGACAAUAUAGUGAUGGCCAAGCAAAAUGCCGCGAUGUACGGCGGUACCUGAGAAGAUUGAGUUCGUUGUUGGAGACUUUUUCAAACUGGCAAAUCAGAUAAAGGGCGACGUUAUACUCACAUCGCCACCAUGGGGCGGUCCAGAAUACAACAAAAUGGAUGUUAUCGAAAAUGUGUUUAUGGACAGGUACUUCAACUCGACGUUGCUGUAUGUCCGGUCCAAUAAUAAGCUCCCAAACCGGUCGACAUCCAUCUGCAUAACUGUAAGAGUUGAAAACGUCUAUAUUUAAAAAUUGGUAUAGUAUAAUAUUUAUCUAAUAAAUUAAUUUUCUUUACCAUUCCGCAAGAAUGAGCGGUAUAGUUUGAAAACUUACCAAAGUUAUCUGGUGGAUGUCGAUACGUUGGUGAACAGACGUCGCACAUCGGUCUGAUGUACCUAUGGAAAGUUAUUAUUGGAUCGGUCAUAACAUUACGUUGAAAAGUUAUCUGUCCAUAAACUUAUUUUCAGAUUUGUAGGCCAAUUCCGUUGCCAUUUUUUAAUCAUUCUUUGUUUUUAUUAAGGUUGAGGUGUAACAGCAUUUUAGGGGCUAUUGUAAUUCCCACUUCCAGGACUUUAUCAUACAUACAGCCGACAGUCCGAUGACCUACAUUUUUGUGUAUUCUGGUCUACCCUAUGAUGGCCGCGAAGUAACGAUCACGUCACCGUUUAUCAGAUUGCCCAGUUUGAAAGAGUCUCCAACAAUUUCAUCGGAUAGGUACGCCAUAAAUCGUGGCAUAGCGCUGGGCCAGCAUCAUUUUGUCAUUUUGUCAUUAUCUACAAAAAUGACGUCCCAAUUAUUAGAAGCUAAUAAUAUAGUGUCUUUGUCGAACAGUCAGCUGUACGAAGUUUCCGCUGUGCCACAAAACGGGCCGACGCCGGUCGCUGAACAUGGGAAGUCCUCAAGUCCACCCAGCAUCGUAUUGAUGAAUCAACAAUACAUCUUACAUCUUACAUCUAACAUUGCAAUCUUAUAAUUAUUCACCUGAAUGCAUGUAAUCCUGUACAGUUAAUUUAUUACUACCCAUCUACAAAGUCAACACUGUAUUAAUAAAAGUAUUUAUUGUAAAAUAAAAUUGAGUUCUAUAUUAUUUGUAGGUACUUAAAAAUUAUUUGGG